UGGGGACAAGGUGGGAGCCGGGGAUGGCGCGCGCCUGGGCUCGCGCCGGCAGCUCAGGCGAGGAGCAGCGGCCAGAGCAGCGCCAGCAGCAGGCAGCGAGCGGGCGCGGGAGCGGGAGCGGGAGCGGGGGCAGCGUUGGCGGCGGCGGCUCCUCCUCGGCCAUCCCCUCGGAGCCGUGCAGCUGACGCGCAUGGCGAAGACAGCGGCGCCUACCGAUGGGAGCAGCGGUUCUCGGCUGGACCGGGUUGGUGGCCUGAAUGUAUUAGCUUCGCUGCGUCUACCUAAGAGAAAUAAGAAUGUCUAAACCCUUGGAGGCCGAGAAGCAAGGCCUGGACUCACCGUCAGAGCACACAGAUCCCGAGCAAAAUGGACCAGACACUAACCACCAGAACCCCCAGAAUAAGACCGCCCCAUUCUCUGUGUCCCCGACUGGCCCCAGUACCAAGAUCAAGGCUGAAGACCCCAGUGGCGACUCGGCCCCCGCUGCGCCCCCGCCGCCCCCACCUGCUCAGCCGCAUCUGCCCCAGGCCCAGCUCAUGUUGACGAGCAGCCAGCUGGCUGGGCUCACGGCACUGAUGCCCGCCCAGCAGCAGCUUCUUCUGCAGCAAGCCCAGGCCCAGCUCCUGGCCGCCGCCGUGCAGCAGUCCACGGCCGCCGCUGCCGCCGCCGCCGCCUCCUCCUCCUCCUCCUCCUCCUCUUCCUCCUCCUCUGCCUCCUCUUCUGCCUCGCAGCCCCCCACGUCCUCGGGGGGAGGCGACCUGCCACCACCGCAGCCUGCCAGCCAGCCCCCCGGGACCCCCCAGCUCACCCUGUCCCAGCCCAUCCAGCUCACAGCACAGGACAUACAGCAGCUACUCCAGCUCCAGCAGCUGGUUCUCGUGCCAGGCCACCACCUCCAGCCACCCGCUCAGUUCCUGCUGCCACAGGCCCAGCAGAGCCAGCCAGGCCUGCUACCGACGCCAAAUUUAUUCCAGCUACCUCAGCAAACCCAGGGAGCUCUGCUGACCUCCCAGCCCCGGGCCGGGCUGCCCACACAGCCCCCCAAAUGCUUGGAGCCACCAUCCCACCCCGAGGAGCCCAGCGACCUGGAGGAGCUGGAGCAGUUUGCCCGCACCUUCAAGCAACGCCGCAUCAAGCUGGGCUUCACGCAGGGUGACGUGGGCCUGGCCAUGGGCAAGCUCUAUGGCAACGACUUCAGCCAGACCACCAUCUCCCGCUUCGAGGCCCUCAACCUGAGCUUCAAGAACAUGUGCAAACUCAAGCCCCUCCUGGAGAAGUGGCUCAACGAUGCAGAGACGAUGUCUGUGGACUCAAGCCUGCCCAGCCCCAACCAGCUGAGCAGCCCCAGCCUGGGCUUUGACGGGCUCCCCGGCCGGAGACGCAAGAAGAGGACCAGCAUCGAGACAAACGUCCGCUUCGCCUUAGAGAAGAGUUUCCUAGCGAACCAGAAGCCUACCUCAGAGGAGAUCCUGCUGAUCGCCGAGCAGCUGCACAUGGAGAAGGAGGUGAUCCGCGUCUGGUUCUGCAACCGGCGCCAGAAGGAGAAACGCAUCAACCCCUGCAGUGCCGCCCCCAUGCUGCCCAGCCCGGGGAAGCCGGCCAGCUACAGCCCCCACCUGGUUACACCCCAAGGGGGCGCCGGGACCUUGCCACUGUCCCAAGCUUCCAGCAGUCUGAGCACAACAGUUACUACCUUAUCCUCAGCUGUGGGGACGCUGCACCCCAGCCGGACAGCCAGCGGGGCCGGGGGCGGGGCCGCGCCCCCGCUCAACUCCAUCCCCUCCGCCACGCCUCCACCCCCGGCCACCACCAACAGCACAAACCCCAGCCCUCAAGGCAGCCACUCGGCGAUCGGCUUGUCGGGCCUGAACCCCAGCACGGGAAGCACAAUGGUGGGGUUGAGCUCGGGGCUGAGCCCGGCCCUCAUGAGCAACAACCCUCUGGCCACUAUCCAAGCCCUGGCCUCUGGUGGAACCCUGCCCCUUACCAGCCUUGACAGCAGCGGGAACCUGGUGCUGGGGGCGGCCGGCGCGGCCCCGGGGAGCCCCGGCCUGGUGACCUCGCCGCUCUUCCUGAACCACGCGGGGCUGCCGCUGCUCAGCGCCCCACCGGGCGUGGGCCUGGUGUCGGCGGCCGCGGCGGCCGUGGCGGCCUCCAUCUCCAGCAAGUCCCCCGGACUCUCCUCGUCCUCCUCCUCGUCCUCGUCCUCCUCCUCCUCGUCGUCCUCCUCGUCCUCCUCCACGUGCAGCGAGGGGGCAGCACAGACCCCCGGAGGCCCUGAGGCCGGGUCCAAGGCCGAGUGAGGGCGCUCCCCGCCUCCCCCCUCCUCCUCCUCUGACCCCCACCUCCUCGGCCCCCAGUCUGGGAAAAAUUGGUCGAGGAGGCCAGCAUUCGGGGGACACAGAGGGUCCUCGCAGCAGGAGUGACCAGGGAGCAAAGACCAAAACCCAACCCAACCGACCGACCAAAAAGAAAAAGCAACCGACCAACGGCAAAGAAAACCAAAAAUAAUCACAGCAGAAACCAGCUGCCCCAAAGGAACCAGAGGUGACUAGAAAACAAACCAAAAACGCCCCCAAACCCGUCCCCACCAAACCCACCAAACCAAAAACCAGUCACGAGCCAGACCUCAGCGUGUACCCCCUCACUGCUACGACACCAAAUAUGACCCCCAGCCCGGCCGGGAGCCAUGGCCGCUGGACCUCAGCCAGGCCGAGCUGGGGGCACCAAGCCCCACCUUGCCUCCCCUCGAGGGAGCCUGAGAAGGAAAGAGAGAAGGGGCCAGCCUCCUUGCCCCAGGCCCCCUGCCCUGGGGCCGCACAGACAGGGCACCUGCGGCCCAGGGGCACGGGGAGGGCCGGCCACCCAGCAAACGUUCUUUUCCGGAAGGUAAAGAGAAAGGCCCGACACCGUACACCAAAUAUUCCGUAGCUUCAUCCAAAGGAUGUACAGAAUUUUUAGCGUUGUGCUCAACAGAAUGUGUCCCCCGACCCAUGUCUCCCUCUGUUCCCUGGGCCCCGGCUCUCCUCCGUGGGCAGGGGGUGCUUUAACCUCCUCCCUCCCCCAGCCCUGGGAGAGCGCUGGGGACAGCUUGUGGUCCCUGUACCUCUCCCUUCGAAGGGUGGGCUAGGCCGUCUUGCCAAGUUCUAGCUCUCACAACCCCUGCCCCCGGCCCUGCACCCCAUCACCCCUUCUCUGCUCUGGAACCUCCCCCUGCGCCCAGUCCGUGGGCAGGUGGCCGGUUCCAGCAAGGGGGCCGGGGAUGCUGGGCCUUCGAGUCGUCUUGUUUUCCAUCCUUGUCUGUCAGUUUCCCUAAAGAAAAAAAAAAAAAAGAAAUUCAUAUUCCAGUGCCUAUCCGUGGGAUCCUUCCCGUUCUUGACAUCGACCAGAAACCAAAAAGAACUCACCUCGUCUCCCCUGUCCCCCUCGCCCCCCCCCACAUGCACACACGCACGCACCCCGCGGUGGGGCUCCUCCAGGGGCGGCCCAUCAGGGUCCCUGCGGCUGACGGGAUCUGGACCAUGACCCACGGUCCUCAUCUGAGCCCAUCCUGGGCCCCAGAGUCUCGGCGACACCCCGCUUCUGCCCAGCCCUGGACACGCCUCGCCACCAAGGGAGAGCCGCUGGGAGCCACUGGCCCCCCACCGUCGGAGAGGCCAGCUGUCUUGAACCAAAAAAAAAAAAAACCAAACAAACAAAAACCAAACACAAAAAAAACAAACAAUAAAUGAAAACUAGAAAAAAAAAAGAAUUUAUAGAGAUAUAUAUAUUUAAGGGAAAGAAGACGAGGACACUGGGUGAAGAAGGAGCCGCUCCCUACCCGGGGGGCCAGGCCUCGGUCCCCAGGCGGCCGGUCAGUCGGACAGAAGGACAGAUACUUCUUUCUCUUCACAAAUACCUCAUGCACGUCGUGUCGUCUUCUUCGGGAAGCCGAGGGGCGGCGGGGGCAGCGCCUGGCCUGGGCCGGGGCGGAUGGAAGCGGGUGGCAGGGCUGAGAGAGGUUGUCAGGGACAGGGGUGCAGAGCCCCGAACUCCCCGCUCCACCACCCCCUAAACCCCCCAUCAACUGAAAAAAAGCUUUAAAAAAAAACAGGAAACAGGAAGGAAAAAAAAAUGGAUAAGAAAGCAAAAAGAAUGGACGAAGGCAAAGUAGCAAACUUUUGGGUGGUUUGAUUCUCCUUUGAUUCCUUUUUCUGUUCUCUCCUGCCUCUCCUCUCUGCUUGCCACCCCCCACCCCGCCCCUCGCCCCCCUCCUGCCUCUCUCAAGCUCCUUUCCGUGUCUCUCCUCAAACCAAAGUGUUGCUGUGAAGGACGCGAGCCAUCGAAAUCAGAGUUGGGCCCCCACCACAGCCGCUGUGGGGACACCCCCCUUCCCACCUGGCUGGGCAGGAGGAGGGGGGCCCAGAGUCCUGGGACAGGCUGUGCUGCCGGACGCCCCACCAAGAAGAGGCCACCCCAGGGCCCCCCCCAGAGGCCUCCGCGUUCUCUUUAACUUCUUGCCCUUCUUGCCCCGGGAAAGGAAACUGUUGGGCUGCGCCAGGAGCAGCAGAGACUCCCCAAAGCAGGGGUCUGGGGGGGCCUCUCGUCGGGCAGCAGUGGAGACGCUUCAGUCUCCGACCCUCCUCGCCGGGACGCCAGCGAUGCCAGUCACCUGUUCCUGCCCUCGCUGCCUCUCAGUGUGGCCGUUCCUGUUUCCUGAAGAGACGCGCCUGGCAGCAGGGGCCUGAACCCCAGCCCCGGUGGCGGCAAUGGGGGGGGCCAAAGGCGCCUGACCAGACAAGGAGGACUGCAUUGGAGCCAAGGAAUGACAACGGAAACCCCUCUGAAAUGACAGGCAGCAUGGAAGGCAUGGUGGAGAUGACUCGAACAAAAACUAUGAUUCUAGACCAAAAAACAAAACGAAACAAAAAAAAAAAAACCAAAAAAAUGAAAAAAAAAAGAAAAAAAAAAAAGGAAAAGCAAAUCCAGGACUCCCCGCUGCCCACUUCCUCCUGCUUCCUCCUCCCGCCUGCCACCACCUGGGACCUCUCCGCACCCUAAAACCCAGGCGGGCAGGGGGGCAGAGAGGAGAGGAAGAAGCAGGGGGCAGGAAGGGGGCUGAUGCCCUGACAGUGGUGGAGGGACCCCCGUGCAGCCGGGGGUGGUGGGGACCCUCCCCAUUCAACCCCCUUAACUAGGAGAAGAAAAACAAGGAUAAAAGAGAAAUUCCUGGGAGGGGGCAGAAAUACCAAAUCCCAAGCUUUAACUACAGCUGUGAAACCAAAUAUUGGGAAGGGGGUGGGAGGGAGGGAGGGGCCAGUGUGCCCCAGGUCUCCCCCCGGGCCCCCUCCCCCGAGGACUCGAGAUAAGGCACCAAAUACCUCAUAGAACUUUAAUGUUAAAAAAAAAAAAAGGAAACCAAAUAUCGUUGGCUGGGGGCCAGCCAGGGCAAGGGGCUGGGGGGGGCUGGAGGGAGCCAGGGUUGGGGUGAGGGUGGGGGAAUUCAUGCUCCCCACCCCCCUUCACCCCUUUCUACUCCAGUCUCCCCUGUCUCGACUCCGGGAAACAAAACUAUCUCAUCGUUUUUAUUUUGUGGUCUGUACAGAGCCUGCGUCCGUGUGUCUGUGUGUGAACGAGAGAGUUGGGGGGGUUGGGAAACUUUGUGUGCGGCAUGGGAGCAGGGACCCCAGGUCAGGUUCUGAGCUAGGUGAGAUUCUGAGGGCGGGGGGCAGUGGGAGGGGGCAGGGCCCUGGGCUAAAAGAGAGGAAGGUGAGUGGAUUUGGAGAAAAGAGGUCCCUGGGUUUCUCUGCUCCCCAACCCUGACCUCCUGCUUUGAGGGAGGGAGAGAGGGUCUGCCCUUGGCGUGGGCCUUCUAAGUGUGCCAAAAAUCAAAAAAACAAUGCCAGUAACUCAGACUCCCCUCUCUGUUCUCUUCU